AUGCACGUUUNUUUAUUUUUACAGGACAUCGAUGGGGCUACACUGGCUGCACUCAUUGAAUACAUGUACAGCGGUCGCUUGGAUAUUGAUGAAUCAAACGUUCAAUUGUUACUGAGCACCGCAACUAUUCUUCAAUUGGCUUGCGUCCGGGACGCCUGUUCAAGAUUUCUUCUCGAGCAACUGGACGCAACGAACUGUCUCGGAAUAGCAUCUUUUGCCCAAACUCACAACUGCACUCAACUGGCUCAUGCUGCUCAAAUGUUUACUCACCAACAUUUUAGAUUGCUUAUUGAAAGCGAAGAGCUGCUAACUAUGGACGAAACUAGUUUCAUUCAACUCAUUUCUGACGACAGACUUACAACCGAGGGUACUCUAUUAACAGCAAUGAAUAAUGGUAAUUAUUCCUUUUUAUCCAUUUUAUAUUUAUUCCAGGGUGAAGAAGCUGUGUUCGAGGCAGCUAUCAAUUGGGUGAAGUACGACCUAUCGAGGAAGCCAUCUCUUCCAAAAGUUUUGGCUGCAGUUCGUUUACCUUUAAUUUCUCAAGAGUUUCUACUUGACCGUGCAUACCAGGAACCACUGAUACAAGAGUCACCUGAUUGCAUCGCAAUGCUUUGCUCAGUUUAUCAUCACAUUCUCAAAAAAGAAGUGACCCCAGGACUUGCUGCUAGUUGGAUUCGUCCUCGUCAGCCUGUCCCUCUUUCACAGCUGGUGAUGCUUGUUGGUGGGCAAGCACCCAAGGCCAUUUCGAAUGUUGACACAUUUGAUCCAGAUUCGCAGCGUUGGAACUCGUUGGCUUCGUUACAACAACGCCGUUGCCGCUGUGGAGUAGUGAUGGCAGGUGAUUUGGUUUAUGCCAUUGGUGGAUUUAAUGGAACGGCUCGUAUUCGAUCAGUGGAAAUUUACGAUCCACGCAGAGACCUAUGGUUGAUUGGACCUCCAAUGGAAGCACGACGCAGCACAUUAGGAGUCGCAGUUCUCGACGGAUCCAUUGUUGCAGUGGGCGGAUUCGAUGGGUCAACUGGGUUGUGUAGUGCUGAAAUGCUGGAUCCUAGACAGGGUCAAUGGAUGGCGUUACCCUCCAUGACAACGAGGCGAUCAAGUGUAGGAGUGGCUGCUGUGAAUGGGAUUGUUUAUGCUGUUGGAGGUUACGAUGGUCAAUCAAGGCAGUGUCUAAACACGGUUGAGCUAUAUGAUUCUCGCGCAAACCGUUGGAGAGCAGGAGAUUCUCUACUCGAAGUGCGCUCUGGUGCAGGAGUGGCUAUAUAUCGCGAUCGUGUAGUAACAGCUGGUGGACAUGAUGGACCGCUAGUUCGCAGCUCGGUUGAAAUGUUGUGCGAUGAUGGUUGGAUGUUCUUGCCGGAAAUGUCAGUUUGUAGAAGAAAUGCUGCCAUUGUUGUCGCUAACGGCUUUGUAUUUGCCCUUGGUGGAGAUGAUGGCGCAUGCAACCUUUCUUCGAUGGAGUGCCUGGAAGUUGAUGGCGCUGAUCAGUGUUGGAAUAUAUUACAGGCGGAAAUGCCCCAAGCAAGAUCGUACUGCGGAGUGACUCUGUUGCCAAAAACUUGA